AUGCACCCGUUUGUGACAUGCAAACUAUCCUUUGCUUGUCGCGGGGCACAUGCAUAUACUGCGUGUGUGUUGGAGUCUGGAGGAGGGAGGAGCGGGUCUGAGGCGGGCCUGCAAGCAGUGUACCAGUGUGCGCUCUCUGGUGAAGGUUCCCAGCUGUUCCUGGAGGCCGGCAGACGGCAGCACCAGCUGGCACCGGCGCUCUUACAAGUUCCUGUCGUCGCUAUUGAUGAUGUGGUGGUGGUGGAGAAGAAGGCGGACCUGGACACCUUCUCGGAGCUGCUGUGUCGUCACCUGCAGCACCGCAUCCUCACGCCACAAGCCCGUGUCUUCUGUCGCCAGGUCACCGCUCGGCCUCCAGCCUCCUCGGCCCUUACUGUUGGUUGAGUCGCCGGUGAUGCUCGACCUCAGAUGGCUCCUCAUCCAGCUGGUCGUCUUCCGGUAGCCUGCGAUAUGAUCUAUGAUCUGCUUGUGUUGGUAGUUGCCAACUACUUUGCGCCGCUUGGUAUAAAUUUGAUAGUUGUGGCGUGGGUUGUUAAGCCCCACAUGUAUGGUCUUGCAUUUGUCGAUAUUAAAAAGCAUUUGUCAGUCUUCUGGCCAUUUGUGGAGUUCAUGUAGAUCUCUUUGUAAGACGUCAAUACCGUUAUCAUUUCCAACUUUACCAUAAAUCUUUGUGUCACCUGCAAAUUUGAUGAUGUGGUUUGUAAUAUUCCCGUCUAUGUCAUUGAGGUAUAUGACAAAAAGGGUAGGUCCCAAAAUGGAGCUUG